UGCGGAGACUUUUACAGACAUACUAUCAACUUCCGGUUGGGUGUGUGCGAUUGACUUGAAACAAAAAUAUCUGGUUUUACUGCCCCGAGGGCCUGAAUAUUUGUUUUCCGUUUUUCCUGUAUGUUUACGUUCAUUCCGCACAGUUAGAAAAUGUCUAAGUCCCUGAAGAAGAUAGUGGAGGAGAGUCGGGAUAAGAAUUUGCCAGAGGUGGACAUGUGUGACAGGGGAAUAUCAAACCUACUGGAUAUUCCUGGGCUGUUCACCUUGUCCAAUAUAACCCAAUUGGUGCUAAGUCACAACAAGCUGAAUGCUGUGCCUCCAAACAUUGCAGACCUCAAGAACUUGGAGGUGUUGAACAUGUUCAAUAACCAGAUUGAGGAGCUUCCAACCCAGAUCAGUAGCCUUCAGAAACUGAAACACCUGAACCUUGGGAUGAACAGGUUGAGUACUCUUCCAAGAGGGUUCGGAUCUCUUCCAGCGUUGGAGGUUCUGGAUCUCACAUACAACAACCUGAACGAGUCCUCGCUGCCUGGGAAUUUCUUUUACCUAACCACCCUGCGUGCGCUCUAUCUCAGUGACAACGAUUUUGAGAUUUUGCCCCCAGACAUCGGCAAGCUGGCCAAGCUACAGAUAUUGAGUCUGAGGGACAAUGACCUCAUCUCUCUGCCCAAGGAGACUGGAGAUCUGGCUCAGCUAAAGGAACUUCACAUUCAGGGGAACAGACUCACAGUACUGCCUCCUGAACUUGGUAACCUGGACCUGACAGGCCCAAAGCAGGUGUUUAAGGCUGAGAAUAACCCCUGGGUGACUCCUAUAGCAGACCAGUUCCAGCUGGGCGUCUCUCAUGUGUUUGAGUACAUCCGCUCAGAGACCUACAAGUAUCUUUAUGGGAGACACAUGCAGGCCAACCCUGAGGCGCCCAAAAAGAACAUGGACAAAUCCAAGAAGAUCAGCCGUAAGCCCCUGGCGGCCAAGAACAAGUGAAGAAGAGGAUGAAGAAGAUCCAACUCUCCGUACUGAACCUCACUGCAUGUGCCUUCCCAUUUUAUAUUUAUUCAGAAAAUAUGUUUUAUAUUGCUGCAGUAUUAUGUUAACCACUAACCUCUGGAUGGGUCCACCCUAGAUAUGCCCCAAAAACCAUUUCUGAAUGUCUUUGUGUCAAGUUUGUCCUUUUUUUCUCCCAACAAUCUGCCUAUUUACACCAUUUAAGGCUACAGUUGAAGUCAGAAGUUUACAUACACCUUAGCCAAAUGCAUUUUAAACUAAGUUUUACACAAUUCCUGACAUUUAAUCGUAGAAAACAUUCCCUGUCUUAGGUCAGUUAGGAUCACUACUUUAUUUUAAGAAUGUGAAAUGUCAGAAUAAUAGUAGAGAGUGAUUUAUUUCAGCUUUUAUUUAUUUCUUCACAUUCCCAGUGGGUCAGAGGUUUACAUACACUUUGUUAAUAUUUGGUAGCAUUGCCUUUAAAUUGUUUAACUUGGGUCAAACUUAGGUAGGCUUCCACAAGCUUCUCACAAUAAGUUGCUGGAAUUUUGGCCCAUUCCUCCAAACAGAACUGGUGUAACUGAGUCAGGUUUGUAGGCCUCCUUGCACACACAUGCUUUUUCAGUUCUGCCCACACAUUUUCUAUCGGAUUGAGGUCAGGGCUUUGUGAUGGCCACUCCAAUACCUUGACAUUGUUGUCCUUAAGCCAUUUUGCCACAACUUUGGAGGUAUGCUUCGGGUCAUUGUCCAUUUGGAAGACCCAUUUGUGACCGAGCUUUAACUUCCUGGCUGAUGUCUUGAGAUGUUGCUUCAAUAUUACUACAUCAUUUUCCUUCCUCAUGAUGCCAUCUAUUUUGUGAAGUGCACCAGUCCCUCCUGCAGCAAAGCACCCCCACAACAUGAUGCUGCCACCCCCAUGCUUCACGGUUGGGAUGGUGUUCUUCGGCUUGCAAGCCUCACCCUUUUUCCUCCAAACAUAACGAUGGUCAUUAUGGCCAAACAGUUACAUUUUUGUUUCAUUAGACCAGAGGACAUUUCUCCAAAAAGUAAGAUCUUUGUCCCCAUGUGCACUUGCAAACUAUAGUCUGGCUUUUUUAUAGUAGUUUUGGAGCAGUGGCAUCUUCCUUGCUGAGCAGCCUUUCAGGUUAUGUCGAUAUAGGACUCGUUUUACUGUGGAUAUAGAUACUUGUCUACCUGUUUCCUCCAGCAUCUUCACAAGGUCCUUUGCUGUUGUUCUUGGAUUGAUUUGUACUUUUCGCACCAAACUACGUUCAUCUCUAGGAGACAGAAUGUAUCUCCUUCCUGUGCGGUAUGAUGGCUGUGUGGUCCCAUGGUGUUUAUACUUGAAUACUAUUGUUUGUACAGAUGAACAUGGUAACCUCAGGCAUUUGGAAAUUGCUCCCAAGGAUGAACCAGAUUUGUGAAGGUCCACAAUAUUUUUUCUGAGGUCCUGUCUUGAUUUCUUUUGAUUUUCCCAUGAUGUGAAGUAAAGAGGCACUGAGUUUGAAGGUAUGCCUUAAAAUAUAUCCACAGGUACACCUCCAAUUCAGUACACCUCCUGUCAGAAGCUAAUUGUCUAAAGGUUUGACAUCAUUUUCUGGAAUUUUCCAAGCUGCUUAUAGGCACAGUUAACUUAGCGUAUGUUAACUUCUGACCCACUGGAAUUGUGAUAUAGUCAAUUAAAAGUGAAACAAUCUGUCUGUAAAUAUUUGUUGGAAAAUUACUCAUGUCAUGCACAAAGUAGAUGUCCUAAAUGACUUGCCAAAACUAUAGUUUGCUAAUAUGAAAUCUGUGGAGUGGUUAAAAAAUGAGUUUUAAUGACUUCAACCUAAGUGUAUGUAAACUUCUGACUUCAAAUGUAUGUGCCGCAUUUGUAAAGUUAGAUUUAAAGGAAUAGUUCGCCCAAAAAUGAAAACAUAAUGUACUCAACCUCAUGUUGUUUUAAAGCCUUACGCGGUUACACAAAUGGAUAAAUUUUUAAGGAAAUUACUUUUACAUGCAAUUAUAAAGAAUGGGGACUGGAGCUUUCAAGCUUUCAAAAUGAUGCAAAAGCACCACAAAAGUAUUUUAAAAGUGAUUCAUUUAGCUUUUUGUAAGGAACAGGCCGACAUUUAAAUUGCACAAUUCGCAAACAAAUAGUUCACAGGUUGAAUCUUUUUAAUGAAUCAGUUGAUCCGGUUCACAAAACUAGUCAGAAUGAUUUGUUUACAAAUCCGACAGAUCCAGUUUUGGGUUAUAAAAUUCAGUGACUGGUUCAAAGUUUUCUGGAGGGUGGAGAAUUUUCCUAACCCUUAAAUGUUGGUCUAGUACUCACACAAAUAUAUUGUAUUGCAUCAGAAAUGCAGUCAUUAAAGAGUCAUUAAAGCAUUAGUCACCAUUUAGUACAUUCUUAAAAUGUCUCCUUUUUUUUUGUACUGAAAAAAGACGUAAUAUGGGAUGUGAAUUUUCAUUUUUGGGUAAGCAUUCUUGUAAGCUAUUUCGCACUGGACGUAAAUCAGGUUUCUGAACAUGUUUUUUUUUUUUUUGCCUAGAUCUCUUGAGAGGCAGAGGAAGUAUUGUCCUAUCCAGCCAUCCACAUAUGGAGAGCAGCAUUUCUUAGUCAAUUCUGGGGGCUAGUGACAAGGCUUGUGUAACCGUACAGGGAUUUAGCAAGAGUUCUGGAGUCUAGUUGAGACUGAGCAGGAUUGUGUCAGGUCUCUUGGGGGACACCACUGACUGCUUCCUCUGCCUCUUAAUGACAGAUAUGAAUGGCUGCAAACGAAAGCUUCAGAUGGUACACACAGCAGAAUCCAGACAGAAAUGUCCCACUGGCCAUUUGAGAGGGUCAACAAGAUAUCGCAGCAAAACACAGAUGGUGUUCUUUGAAACCAUCAACACAACAGCCAUUGUUUCUCUUUGUUAUUAUUUUCAAUGUAACAUGACAGUGCAACUUUUUACCGAACAGGACAGUGUUUAAAAAGCACCGGAUUGUGGUAGAAAUAAUUUAGCAAUAACUGUGACUCCCACUACGAUUUUAGGUUACGUACACUAACAUCUUCUAAUUCUGCAAAGCUUGGCUAAAUUCGAAGUUUUACUUUUUUCAGAUGUAUUGUAUAUUGUAAAAGGUCACAGAAUGUUUUAUUGCAAUCACAUUAUAAAGCUGUAAUAUUUUUAAAUCUUUUAUUAGGGCACAUGAAACCAUGUGCAAUGUUCUGAAUUUUUUACAUGAAAAUAAAGUCACCAUUUUGUUUGA